AUGCCGGCAGGAAGCGUGCCCAGCUGGGCCGUGACCUCAUCCUCGACGGCGCUCUUCGGCGGAGGCAGUUCCAACGCCAGUGGCCGCGCAGCUGCGGAUGCGAAGCUCGCUUCUUCAUCCAACGGCGCAUCAAUGACAGCAUCACAACAGCAGCCAUCAAGACCGGAGUCUGAUGCUCCGCUUCGAUCAGUCAAUCAGUCUGCAUCCUCAGCCGCAGCAGCUGGCGAUGACAAACCCUAUCAGCCCAAGCGCAAGCAGAGACCUAUCACCCAUUGCCCACCUCUUACUACUGUAGCAUCUUCCUCGCGUGUUCCGUACGCGAUACCCUAUGUCGACGACUCGAGCGCUGACAAUGCUCUUCAUCAGCUCAUCGCAGCGCAGGCGAAGCGAGCGGGAUUCGACGCGACAACUGCUUCGGCGCUCAACGAGGUGAGCCAGCUGAUGAAGAAGUUCCUCACCUCGGUCUUUUCGGCUGCUACGCACGCGGCUGAAUUGUCCUGUCGAGGACAACAGUCUGCAAGGGAUCUGAUAUAUGCGCUCGAGACGCACGGUCAGCCCAUUAGGGAGCUGCGCGACUUUCACCGUCAGCAAGUACGAGAAGCGGACGAGGAGGAUGAGAAGAACAAGGCAGGGGCGCAGGCAAGGAGUAAAGCAAGCGAGCACGCCAGUGCGCCUGCAACGUACAAGGCAAAAGGAAGGAGAGCAGAAAAGGCGAGGCAACCUGCAGACAGCGAACAGGAUGAAGAAGAAGACUGGACGCAGGGAAGCAACGCUUUCCUCCCGUCCGAUUCGGAUGACGGCUCCGAGAUGGACGCCUGGUUAGUCAGCAGCGACUCGGACGACGAUCACGGCAAUCGACGCGGAGCUGUACAUGCCCGCGUCAUGAAGCGCAAGCACGACAUCGCACGAACCCUUGCCAAGAGACAACGCCGGCAAGACAAGCUGCGUCCGCCCGUCACAGGCGAGCUCGGCCCCUCGGCAUCAACGUCGUCUUCAGCGAGAGAUCUGCGGGCGCUCACAUCUGGCGAACAAGCAUGGCGGCGAGUGGCCGACCACAUCGUCCCACGACAUCUGCCAGGGAUGCCACCGAGACACGCAUGGAUGCAGACGCCCGCGUUCCCGACCAACGCGUACGGAUCUUCGUUCGGCGGCGCGGACGAUGACGACGAGGAGACAAACAAGAGCAAGAAGGACCCGCUGCUGCUGGUCAACCGGAAGCUGGCGAAUGCGAGGCUCGUGGAAGCUUCGUUGCGAAGGUUGAUCCAGAACACGGACGGGGCUGCAGCGUUAGCAUACAGCGCUUCGUCGACGCGGAACAGCGAUUCGUCAACAACUGUGGAGAAGGACGCACCUGCGAAAGUCAAUGUUCCGCCUGCCAUUGCGUCUCCAGCUCCAGCACCAUCAGCUACCACCGGAGGCUUUGCUGUCCCCAAGACACCUGCGAGUGGGCUCACGCUGCGACUCAACCGGAAGAUCAGUCUACCUGCAUCUGCGUUCAACUCGCCCUCCCAGCCAUCUACCCCGCUAGGCAGCCGCAGACCUUCUAUUGCAAACUUUGGCAACACAAGCUCAGUCACAGCUCCCGGCACACCUUUGGGCAUAGGCAUGUCCCUCGGCUGGGGCGGCGAGCCGCUCAUGUCGCCGCUCACGCCUGUCUCGGCGUCGGUCGGUGGUCCUAUCACGCCCUACCCACCAACACCGGGUGGAGUCUACGGCCACUACUUCGGGUCGAACCCCAACGCCGCGGUCAUUCCGAGCAGGUCAAGAUCGCAGUCCAUCGUCGCUGCCAAUGCUGAGCCGUACAGCGGCGGUGAGGGGAACGCAGAACAGCUAGGCGUGCGAGUGCCUGGCCCAGUCAACUAUAAGAAUGUCUGGUACGCGCCUGGCAGCACUAUCGCCAGCGGCGGUCUGGCCGGUGGUGCGACGACUAGCAAGACAGGCAAUCACCCUCGCUCGGUCAAGAGGAUGCGCAAGUGGAAGGUCUAG